AUGAGUAAUUGUGAAACUACCAAUAAUAAUCAUUCCUCAAGAUAUCAUCAUAAUUCUCCCACAAAUGAAAUUAGACCUGAAACUUCUAAUAGAUUGAUACCAACGAUACGUGUUUUACAUCAGAUGGAACCAACUUCUUUACACACUCACUCCUAUCCUGAAUUCAUCCGCCGCCCUUCCACUCGAAUACCAGUGGUACAAUAUUUUGAUGAUUCAAUGGAAUGUAUUUGUCAAGGUGUUUUAUGCCAACAAUGGAUGCCUUCAAAAAAUCAAACAUAUCCAGAGCAGGUGACAUGCAUACCGCACGAACAGCAACAACAACAACAAGCUGUUGAGACUGUAAACAGAAAUGCUUCAUCAGUAGUAUCACCGGAAUUACUUAGAGGAUUAUUUGUAACUAACAAUGAUUCUCAAUUAAAUAUUGCUAUUAAUUUCAAAAAAAAGCCAGUUAGUACUCAUAUUAAUUCGGUAUGCUCAAAUUGUGGUACCAAGGAGACGACAUUAUGGCGUCGUAGCAAUAUGGGAGCUGUAGAAUGCAAUGCAUGUAAUUUAUAUUAUCGCAAAAACAAUCGACCACGGCCAAUAACAAUGUCAAAUAAAAUACGAAAACGAAUUCGCUUGCCGCGUUAUCAUUUCCCAUGA